AUGGAGAACACGGGCAGCGACCGCGGCGGCGCCAAGCCUGCGAUCCGGUUCGGCUUCUCCUGGGCCGACGAGGUCGAGCGUGAGGAGCGGGAGCAGCAGCAGCAGGAGGAGCAGCGGCGGUGGGAGACAGAGAGGGAGCAGAUCAAGGCGGACCCGUUCGGCGGGGCGCGGCCGCGGGAGGUGGAGCAGCGGCGGCGGGAGACGGAGAGGGAGCAGAUCAAGGCGGACCCGUUCGGCGCGGCGCGGCCGCGGGAGGUGGUGCUGGCCGAGAAGGGCGUCGACUGGCGCGCGCGCGACCGCGAGCUGGAUCUCCACCUCCGCACCGCCCCGCGCCCGCGCCCGCGCCGCAGCCAGAAGCACGCGGCCGCUACGGCCACGAGCAAGGGGGCCGUCGCGGCGCACGGGGCGACGCCAGCGCGCGGCGCGCCUUGGGACCGGGACGCGGCGGGCCUGGGACGGACGCCGCACCCGAAGGGGCGGCGCGCUGCCUCCUCGACGCCGCUGCCGCCGCCGACGGUUAGCCACAGCGCGUGGGGCGGGAGCAAGAGGAAGUGUGCCGGGGAAGGGACUGGGCCGUCGCGGCGAGUCCGGCCCGUGGACGACCAGAGGAGGAAGGUCUUCGGCGAGCUCAACGUUGGAGAGGGCUGCGCCUCGUCGAUCCGAGCCUCGAGCAACAAGGGCUGCGACUCCGGUGGAAGUCUAGCCCAGGGGAUCAAAUCGAGUAUGCCCGCGGUUGCAGACGGUGAGAACAGAUGUAGCAUGGUGCCGGCGACGAAGGUAACCGCAACCGAGGCUGAUGAAUCUGCUAUUGCCCAGAAGAGAAAGGGAGGAGGAAGAGGAGGAAAGGAAAAGAUCCAAGAAGACUCCCAACCAGCAAACUCUGGUAAGCUAAGUGAUCGAAACCGCACUGAUUACUGA